ACUAAACCUAUCCAUCACCCAUCUCCUUAGUUCUAUUUUUCUCUUCUUUGUGUUUUUGGUUCAUAUAUAUAGCUUUGUAAUAAUAUAUAUAGUCUUACUUCUUCUCUUAAGGUCAUCAAUUAAUAAGAGGAGAUGGGUGAAACCGCUGCCGCCAAUCACCACCGUCACCAACACCAUCACGGCCACCAAGUCUUCGACGUGGCCAGCAACGAUGUCGUACCUACACAACCAGCUUUUAAAUGCUUCGACGAUGAUGGUCGCCUCAAAAGAACCGGGACUGUUUGGACCGCGAGCGCUCAUAUAAUAACAGCGGUGAUUGGAUCCGGCGUUUUGUCAUUAGCAUGGGCUAUCGCACAGCUCGGAUGGAUCGCUGGACCUGCGGUGAUGCUAUUGUUCUCUUUCGUUACUCUUUACUCCUCGACACUUCUUAGCGAUUGCUACAGAACCGGCGAUGCAGUGUCUGGCAAGAGAAACUACACUUACAUGGACGCCGUUCGAUCAAUCCUAGGUGGGUUCAAGUUCAAGAUUUGUGGGCUCAUUCAAUACUUGAACCUCUUUGGUAUCGCAGUCGGAUACACAAUAGCAGCAUCUAUAAGCAUGAUGGCGAUCAAGAGAUCGAACUGUUUCCACAAGAGUGGAGGAAAAGACCCAUGUCACAUGUCGAGCAAUUCUUACAUGAUCGUAUUUGGUGUGACAGAGAUCUUGCUCUCUCAGGUUCCUGACUUCGACCAGAUUUGGUGGAUCUCCAUCGUUGCAGCUGUUAUGUCCUUCACUUACUCUGCCAUUGGUCUAGCUCUUGGAAUCGUUCAAGUUGCAGCAAAUGGAGUUUUCAAAGGGAGUCUCACUGGAAUAAGCAUCGGAACAGUGACUCAAACACAAAAGAUAUGGAGAACCUUUCAAGCACUUGGAGACAUUGCUUUUGCCUACUCAUACUCUGUUGUCCUAAUCGAGAUUCAGGAUACCGUAAGAUCUCCACCGGCAGAAUCAAAAACGAUGAAGAAAGCUACAAAAAUCAGCAUCGCUGUCACGACUAUGUUCUACAUGCUAUGUGGCUCAAUGGGUUAUGCCGCCUUUGGAGAUGCAGCACCUGGAAACCUCCUCACGGGAUUCGGAUUCUACAACCCGUUUUGGCUCCUUGACAUAGCCAAUGCCGCCAUUGUCGUCCACCUUGUAGGAGCUUACCAAGUGUUUGCUCAGCCCAUCUUUGCCUUUAUUGAAAAGUCAGCCGCAGAGAGAUAUCCAGACAAUGACUUCCUCACCAAGGAAUUUGAAAUCAGAAUCCCAGGACUUAAGUCUCCAUACAAAGCAAACGUUUUCAGGGUAGUUUACCGGUGUGGCUUUGUCGUUUCAACCACCGUGAUAUCGAUGCUAAUGCCGUUUUUCAACGAUGUGGUUGGGAUCUUAGGGGCGUUAGGGUUUUGGCCCUUGACGGUUUAUUUUCCGGUGGAGAUGUAUAUAAAGCAGAGGAAGGUUGAGAAAUGGAGCACGAGAUGGGUGUGUUUACAGAUGCUUAGUGCUGCUUGUCUUGUGAUCUCGGUGGUCGCCGGAGUUGGAUCAAUAGCCGGAGUGAUGCUUGAUCUUAAGGUCUACAAGCCCUUCAAGUCUACAUAUUGAUGAUCAUGGUCCAUGAUGAACAACAAGAAAGUUGGUGUGUAAAAUUUAUUGUAUAUCUAGCAAUUCAAAAGAAAACUUGAAAAAUGUGUAUAUUGUAUGCUUUUAUUUCGUAUGGUUUUAUCGUUGUAAUAAAAUUUUAAAGUAUGCUAUAAAUUAUAUAAAUUCGUGUGUUUGUAAUUUCAA